UUAUGAUUAUUGUUAAUGUCAAUUGCAUUUAUUUUUUUCUUUUUUUCUUUUGCAUCUAGCACCACUGGAAUUGCAAAACUCACCAAGGCUGCUCCAGGGGGAUCCCUGAAGGCCGAGCAGAUUGAAAAGAAGGAAACACCUCAAGAGCGGCUUAAAAGGAUAAUGAACAAACAACUGAAUAAACAGAUCAAGAAGGAUUCUGCCGCUGAAAUGGCAAAGAAGCGCGAGCAGGAACGACAAAGACUGGAAAAACUUGCUGAAACGAACAGAUUAAGCCGCCACAGACGCCGUAGUCAUAGCAGAAGCCGAAGCCGAAGUCGUUCCCCGGCAAGAAGGCAUCGUCGCAGCAGAAGCCAUGGACGGAGCCGAAGCAGGAGCCCAAGGAGGCAUUAUUCUCGCUCUAGCUCUCGAUCGCAAUCGCCUUCUCAUUCGCCCAGGUGA